AUGGCCUCCAAUCCAUCCACCCCAGACGCCGAAGUCGAUUCCGACACCGUCUUCGACAGUCCCUCACCCUCCCCCGCGCCCUCGAGUCCUACCGAAAAUGCCUCUUCGCCUGAUCUGCUGUCCGCUGAGCGUCCCCCUCCCCGAACGGCAUCCACGACCUCCGGCGCGACCGCCAACAUGACAUCGUCCUCAACGCCAUUGGGAAACAUCAACGCUGCCAGGAAUCCCCGCCCCUCGAACCCCCCUACCAUCUCCAGCAGAGGUAGCGGGCUGAACGUCUCCCAGGACAUUCUCGCAAGAAUACAGGCAGUACAUCUCGGCCGGAAGGGCGCUCCACCAACGGGCUUGCCUGGGAGAGGGCCUGCACCACAAAGCCCCGGUCCGUCACCCGACAGCCGUAAUCCCAUGUCUCCAGGCGGUAACCCUGGAGGCUUACCCGGAAACUUUCGAAUGCCUACCAGGCCACCCACGACUAACUUCCAGUCCGCGCCUGCCGUUCCUGGUCGCGCAGGUGGCCCCAAGCCCUCCCUCGCUGAAAAGCGCGGUAUGAGAUUCCAGGGCGCGUUGCCAGGCGGACUACCAGGCUCGUCUCCAACUGCUGGUGGAGCCGCUCCUCCUGCUGGCAGGAAGAAGCCUGGGUUGACUCUCUCGCAGAUGAACGGCGAAAAGCCCGCUGAAGAAGGUGCAGAGCCCAAGAAACAAGAGACCCAUUUUGAUAAAUUUUCACAAUUCGUCGAUACCAAGACUGGCAGCCUAAAAUUUGCCGGCAAAGCCAUACUCAACUCGGACGGCGUGCAAUUUGCUAGCGGUUCCUCUUUCAACAUCUCCUUGGAUGAAGUCGACACGCUAGACGAGCUCGGCAAGGGAAAUUAUGGCACAGUGUACAAGGUCAGACAUAGCAGACCGCGAAUGAGGAAACCAGGACAGGGUCUGGCAGGAAACAAGGCUGCACCAGGUUCGCCGUCGCGAAAGGAAUUUGGCGAAGAAGCGAGCCCUACCAGUGCAAAACCUGCUGCGGGUACCGGCAUAGUCAUGGCAAUGAAAGAAGUGAGGCUGGAGCUGGAUGACUCAAAGUUCGCUGCUAUCAUCAUGGAACUCGACGUCCUCCACCGCUGUAUAUCACCCUUUAUCGUUGACUUCUAUGGCGCUUUCUUCCAAGAAGGCGCCGUGUACAUCUGCAUGGAGUUCAUGGACGGAGGCUCCAUAGACAAGCUCUACGCCGAUGGUGUGCCUGAGGGUGUCUUGCGCAAAAUCACCAUGGCCACGACUAUGGGUCUGAAGUCACUGAAGGAUGAGCACAACAUCAUUCACCGAGAUGUGAAACCUACCAACAUUCUUAUGAACACCAAGGGCGCAAUCAAGAUCUGUGAUUUUGGUGUCAGUGGAAACCUGGUCGCCAGUAUUGCCAAGACCAACAUUGGGUGCCAAAGCUACAUGGCGCCAGAGAGGAUAUCUUCUGGUGGAAUUGCACAGGCAGGCGCUAACCCUGGAGGUGGCACAUACAGUGUACAAAGCGAUAUUUGGAGUCUGGGACUGACCAUCAUCGAGUGUGCUCUGGGGCGAUACCCAUAUCCGCCAGAGACGUACAACAACAUCUUCAGUCAGCUCAGUGCUAUUGUCGAUGGUGAGCCACCGGAUCUGCCUGCCGAAGGGUACUCCGACGCGGCACGAAACUUUGUACGCGGCUGCUUGAACAAAAUCCCCAACCUUCGGCCAACAUAUGCCAUGCUGCUCCAACAUGCAUGGCUUGCACCUCUUGCUAAGCCGGACACGAUCACCGAAGAGGAAGAGGAGGAAGUCGAGGCAGCAAGUGAAGCUACUGGUGGUGAAGCUGCUGGUGAUAAGGGACCCGCUGAGGCAAUCGAACCUGUAGAAGACCAAGAGGUCGCAGACUGGGUCAAAGCCGCCAUUGAAAAGAGGAGGAGCGGCAAGAUGAAGGGUGUCGAGAAACCUGCACUCCACGCCGCACCUCUGGAUGCAGCGACGCAGAGUCCUUCGCCUAACGGUACAAAUGGCUUAGAGCAAGUGGGAUCAGUAGAAGCUGCAGCAUAA